AUAGUGAGCCUAAACCAUCAGGUGAAUCAUUAUAUAAUAUAAAUAGAAAAGAAAGUGAGAUUAAUUUGAUUUUUAGUCAAGAAGAUAAUGAAAAUGUUGAAUGUCUUGAUCUUACAAAUGUUUUUCUGCAGGGAUAUAAUUUUGGAGAAAAUAAAUCCAUAGUCAAUAUAGCAUCAAUCCGUGAGAAUGUGCCAGCCUUGAUUGAUGCUGGGUUCUUCUCUUUUCUCAUUUUGAAAACUUAUUUUAUGGUUGUAUUGGAAAAACAGUGCAAAAAGAGUCUAUGUAA